AUGUCCGAGAACAACACCUCCGAGGGUGUCGCUCAGACUCUCCAGGCCGCACACGAGCGCGUCCACUCCGUAAACCCCUUCAUGGACCGCGAGGCGUAUCCCACCGGCAGCCUCAGAAGCUACAAGAUCCUGACAGCUGCCUCAUGGCUCCUCCUGGUCGUCACCAGCAUCUACUACACGUUCAAUGCGCCAACCGAGGGCAAGCACCACAGAGGCACCAUCUGGCACCAGAACUCGCACCACCACACCCCCUUUGCCCUCAACUCCAUCAUCACCUCCAUCUACAUGAUUGUCCUGUUCAUCCUGCAGAUCGGUUACUGCUGGCACCUGUACUCGGAGAACGAGGUUUACGUCAAGGCUGCCGCCGAUGUUGGCUCGCACUUCAUCUUCAACAACCUGCUCUGGUUCGGCUUCAUCCACCUCUGGUGCCGCAGCCACUUCUGGCUUGCCGAGAUGCUGCUCAUCAUCAACUUCUUCAACCUCUCGGCCCAGUACUUCAAGCACUCGAGAACUCCCAGAUUUAUCCACAUUCCCGUUGUUUCCGGUCCUCUGGCUCUCAACUAUGUUCUGUUGUUCAGUGUUGGCGCUGCCGCGGUCAACGCACACUCUCUGCCUGCUAGAAUCCUCGCCAACAUCAUGAUCUGGUCCAUCAUGGGCUACGGCUUCUUCUUCCUUGUCGCCUACAAGGAUUACACCAUGGGCUUCAACCUCAGUGUUCUCUGCGCAUCUCUCGGUGUUUCCCAAUUUCUCACCCAUGUCAUUGCCUUCCAGUGGAUCUUCGCCUUUGUCAUCAUGGGUGUCUUGUUCGUCCUCUCCGUCUUGGUCGGCUUCCCUGGUCUCAUUGGCCAAGAUCCCUUCAAGCGUGGUGCCGUUGUCGACGAGGAUAGAGAGAGACAGCCUCUGCUCCAGGAAGAGUAA